AACAUAUACGUAUAUACGCCAUAUUGAACGGAUGUUUGAAAUAUAGCGCGUGUUCGAGGGAUCGAAGGACCGCAGGUGUUCGCAAUAGUGCCUUUUUACAUCAGUUUCACAAGAUGAGUAAGAGAAAAUUCGAAGACGACGCUUCUACGGACGCCGAAGUCAGGAAGGCUGCGUCCCUUUUUAAAUCUGACACUGGCGAACUUUUGUCCUGUGGUGUUUUACAUAUACCGGUCAAUGCCACUGUGGAUAAACUGCAGGAUCUUUGCAACGCUCUGUUGCAGCAAGAGGACCCGUUACGUUUGGCAUUUUAUAUAAACAAUGUGGAAGUUACAGACACAUUGGAGAAACACUUAAAUGACGACUUUGAUUUCCAAGAGGACAUCGUGGAAAUUGUGUAUCAGCCACAGGCAUUGUUCAAAGUCAGAGCUGUCACAAGAUGUACAGGAUCGUUAGAAGGACACAAAGAAGCCGUUAUAUCCGUUGCAUUUUCACCAGAUGGCAAGUAUCUGGCGAGUGGUUCUGGCGACACAACCGUAAGGUUCUGGGAUAUCUUUACACAAACACCUUAUUACACAUGCGAGGGUCAUAGACACUGGGUGUUAUGUAUUUCUUGGUCACCUUGUGGUUCUAAGCUCGCCUCUGCGUGUAAAAACGGAUCGAUUUAUUUGUGGGAUCCAAAUACUGGCAAGCAAAUAGGAAGAGCGAUGACAGGACAUAAAAUGUGGGUGACAUCCUUGUGCUGGGAGCCCUAUCACAAGAAUCCCGAAUGCCAGUACUUGGCGAGCGCAUCCAAGGAUUGUGACGUAAGAAUUUGGGAUACAAAGAGGUCACAGACCUGCCGUACCUUGUCGGGCCACACGAAAAGCGUGACCUGCGUCAAGUGGGGUGGCAGCGGUCUUAUUUAUUCCGCCUCCCAGGACAGAACCGUCAAAGUGUGGCGAGCAGAAGAUGGCGUGCUCUGCAGGACCUUGGUAGGCCAUGCCCACUGGGUAAACACCUUGGCCUUGAACGUGGACUAUGUGCUCAGAACUGGCCCGUUUCAUCUGGGAUCGAACGCAGACUCGGAUCCGCUGGUAUACGCCAAGAAACAAUAUGAAUCAGUAGGCGAAGAGAGACUUGUGUCCGGGUCCGACGACUUCACACUGUUCUUGUGGAAGCCGGAGAAAGAGAAAAAAUCAAUCGCAAGAAUGACCGGUCACCAGCAACUCAUUAACGAUGUCAAGUUUUCGCCCGACGGCCGUACGAUCGCAUCCGCGUCCUUCGACAAGUCCAUCAAAUUGUGGGAGUCCACUACCGGGAAGUUCAUCGCCUCGUUGAGAGGUCAUGUUCAAGCGGUUUACUCGAUAGCGUGGAGCGCCGACUCUCGUCUGCUGGUCAGCGGCAGCGCGGACUCGACCCUGAAAGUGUGGAGUAUGAAGACCAAGAAGUUGGAACAGGAUUUACCCGGUCACGCGGACGAGGUUUAUGCCGUCGACUGGUCGCCCGACGGACUACGAGUCGCUUCAGGCGGAAAGGACAAAGUUUUGCGACUGUGGCAAAAUUGAAUUAAAUAUAAGUAAAGAAAGAAAA